CGGCGGCCCUGGAAGUCGUCGUGGGCGGCGGCGGCGGCGGCGCUCCGUCCUCCACCAUGAAGGAACUGUUGUCCUUCAGGGAUGUGGCCAUUGAUUUCUCUCCAGAGGAGUGGCAAUGUCUGGAUACUGCUCAGUGGAAUCUGUAUAAGGAUGUAAUGUUGGAAAAUUAUGGAAAUCUUGUUUCUGUGGGCCUUGCUUUCUCUAAGCCAUACCUGGUCACAUUUCUGGAGCAAAGAACAGAGCCUUGGGAUGUGAAGAGAGAAGCUCCGUGCCCAGGUACAGAGCCAUAUACCUAUCGAGCGUGUGGCCAGGCUUGCGAUCAGACACCCCUGCUUAGUCCACUCCCGGGCCCGCACAGCGGAGAGACGGCCUGCAAACACGAGGAACGCGCAGCGUCCCUGGACGGCCAGCUGAUGCUUUCUGGACACGCCAGCAUUCACACCGAAGAGGAAUCCGGCAAGCCUUUUAAUUGCUUCUCAAGAUGUGGCCUGCACCAGACAGCUCACGCUGGGGAGAAGCCGCACGGCUGUGCAGAAUGUGGCAAAACCUUCAGCACCUGCGCAGCCCUUGCUCGGCACGGCAGGGCCCACGCCGGCGAGAGACCCCACAAGUGUGCAGAGUGCGGCAAGGCCUUCGCCCGCCUCCCCGAGCUCACGCGACACCGGAUCGUGCACGCCGGCGAGAAGCCUCACAAGUGCGAGCAGUGCGGCAAGGCGUUCAGCUCUCCCUCCGCGCUCUGCAAGCACCAGAAGACCCACGGCGACGGGGAGCGCAACAAGUGCGAGCAGUGCGGCAGGGCGUUCAGCUCUCCCUCCGCGCUCUGCAAGCACCAGAAGACCCACGGCGGCGGGGAGCCCAACAAGUGCGAGCAGUGCGGCAAGGCGUUCAGCUCUCCCUCCGCGCUCUGCAAGCACCAGAAGACCCACGGCGGCGGGGAGCCCAACAAGUGCGAGCAGUGCGGCAGGGCGUUCAGCUCUCCCUCCGCGCUCUGCAAGCACCAGAAGACCCACGGCGGCGGGGAGCCCAACAAGUGCGAGCAGUGCGGCAAGGCGUUCAGCUCUCCCUCCGCGCUCUGCAAGCACCAGAAGACCCACGGCGGCGGGGAGCCCAACAAGUGCGAGCAGUGCGGCAGGGCGUUCAGCUCUCCCUCCGCGCUCUGCAAGCACCAGAAGACCCACGGCGGCGGGGAGCCCAACAAGUGCGAGCAGUGCGGCAAGGCGUUCAGCUCUCCCUCCGCGCUCUGCAAGCACCAGAAGACCCACGGCGACGGGGAGCGCAACAAGUGCGAGCAGUGCGGCAGGGCGUUCAGCUCUCCCUCCGCGCUCUGCAAGCACCAGAAGACCCACGGCGGCGGGGAGCCCAACAAGUGCGAGCAGUGCGGCAAGGUGUUCAGCUUCCGGUCCGUCCUGCACAAGCACCAGAGGACGCACACCGGCGAGAAGCCGUACAGGUGUGCGGAGUGCGGCAAGGCCUUCAGCUUCUCCUCCAGCCUGGGCCAGCACGAGCGGAUCCACACCGGGGAGAAGCCGUACCGGUGCGCGCAGUGCGGCCAGGCCUUCCACUGCGCGUCCUACCUCAGUAAGCACCAGAGGGUCCACCGCGGGGAGAAGCCCUUCAAGUGCGGCGAGUGCGGCCGGGCCUUCCCCUGCUCCUCCAAGCUCAGCUACCACGCGCGGCUGCACACGGGCGAGAGGCCCUACCGCUGCGAGGAGUGCGGCAAGGCCUUCAGCGUCUUCUCCUCCUGCGCCCGGCACCGCAGGAUCCACACCGGGGAGAAGCCCUACAAGUGCCAGGAGUGCGGCAAGGCCUUCAACAACUGCACCUCGCUCAUCCAGCACCAGCUGAUCCACACGGGCGAGAAGCCGUACGCGUGCCGGGAGUGCGGCAAGGCCUUCAACCACUCGUCCAGCCUGACGCAGCACCUGCGCACGCACACGGGCGAGAAGCCGUACCGGUGCGGCGAGUGCGGCCGGGCCUUCAGCUCGUCGUCCUACCUGCACUACCACCGCCGCACGCACACCGGCGAGCGGCCCUACAAGUGCGCGCGCUGCGGCCGGGCCUUCAGCAACUGCUCCGCCUUCAUCCGGCACCACCGCAUCCACACCAGGGACGAGCCCUAGGAGCACAAGGGACGCGCGAAGGCCUUCCGCAGCGCAACACUCAGCAAAAGCAACGCGAGCCUGGUUCAUGCACGGAAGAUGGAAAAUGCCAGCAACUGGUUUGCACUUACGAAACACCAGAAAAUCGCAUAUGAGGAAAACCCUACAAAUUCUAACAAUGUUCAGUAUCCUUUUAAUUAUUCACACUUAAAAUCAGAGAACUCGCAUUGUUAACAGAAAUGUAGCACGGCUUUGAGCUAAAGCUCAGUGCUCACCAGAAAUGAAUUCAUAUUCAGCAGAACCUUGCCUAUGUAGUAAUAUCGGAAGCAGCGUUUUUUUUUUUUUGUUUUUUACAACACAUGUAUUUCAAAAGAACAGAGUGCAUUAGAAAACUUGUUGUAAUAGUACUCAUAUUGUAUCUUGAUGGAUGUAACGGAACUGAGGGGACAAACUCAGCGAAUAUGUGGAAACUGGCAAAAAUGUGACAUGUCGUUUACACAGCAUUAUUAUUUGAUGUGAUUUCAAUAAGUCAUCAGACAUCAGAAUCAUGGAGAUAAUUUAUCUCUAAUAAUCUCAAUUUAUUAUGAAAUCAAUUUAUCACAUAGCCUCAUUUUUGAGAAGCGAAUGAAGCAAAAGUCUCAGACAAUACGUUAGAAGAAGCAGACUGGAUCCGGAAAGGUUUUAGUUCUACUUCUUUUUUCCAGAGACCCUGCAGUAGAUUUUGAAAUACACAUUGUAUGAAGUUUGUUUGUUUCUUUCUUUCAAUAAGUGAGUUUUUUGUCCUUGAUGCAUUACUAUUGUGUAUUGAAUGACAACUUAUUCUGUAACAGAUAUUAAAAUAUUCCAGUUUACUCAGGGAUAUAGGUAACAGAUUUUAUUUUUAUGCUGCUGGAGAUUAGUGGGUACAGUUGUCAAAACUUUUCCCAAUGUCAGUCUCUUUCAAAUACUGGGAAAGUACUAUUCUAUAUUUCCAAUAUUUAUUGUCUCCUUUUUGUACUUAUUUGGAAAUUAGAAGUCUUAUAGCUAUAUAAAUAUGCUCUAGACUAAUCUUGAAAUCAUUUUUAUCCAAUUUUACCAUAUAAUUUUUUAACAUACCACAUCUUGGUCCAUAAAUUGUACAAAAAUUCUACAAUUCAUUUGCUUUGAAGUACACAAAUACUAUAGUCUAAUGGUAAACUUUAGUACCACAGCCUUUAGAAGUAUGUGAAUAGUGUUUUUUCUUUAAUAAAAUUUGAAAACUAAUAAGUUUCUGAAA